UCCCACUCCCCUCAACUCAAAGCAAACACCCAUCUUGUCUAGUUAGCGCUUCUUUCCUCUUGAGUACUUAUAUCACACUACAACUUUUCUGGGUGGCGCUACUAAGCUAGAGCUAGCUAGUUCUUCUGAGGUCCCUUCAAUCAGCUAUAUAGAUAGCAAUGGCCGGCUUAGAUACUUUCAAAGACCAGCAGGGCUAUGAAGAAGAAAAAAACCAAACGAUGACAGAAACUUGUACGACAAUGGAUGGAGCCGUUGAUUGGAAUGGCCGCCCUGCAAUCCGAGGGAGAACUGGUUCUUGGGUUGCUGCAAUUCUCAUAUUAGUGAAUCAAGGAUUGGCAACAUUGGCAUUCUUUGGAGUAGGAGUGAACUUGGUAUUGUUCUUGACAAGGGUACUGGGACAAGACAACGCUGAGGCUGCAAACAAUGUCAGCAAAUGGACCGGAACAGUUUACAUGUUCUCUCUUCUUGGGGCUUUUCUCAGUGAUUCUUACUGGGGGAGAUACAAAACUUGUGCUAUCUUUCAAGUUAUUUUUGUCAUUGGCUUGACAUUAUUGUCACUAACAACGUACCUAUUCCUGCUCAAGCCUAAAGGUUGCGGUGAUGAGCAAUCUCCAUGUGGAGACCAUUCGAAUUUUGAAUUCGCAAUGUUUUACUUCUCCAUAUAUCUCAUUGCACUAGGGAAUGGCGGCUACCAACCUAACAUAGCUACAUUUGGAGCGGACCAGUUUGAUGAGGACGACCUCAAAGAAGGUCACUCGAAAAUUGCCUUCUUCAGCUAUUUCUACUUGGCUUUGAAUCUUGGUUCCCUCUUCUCUAACACAAUAUUAGGGUAUUUUGAGGAUAAAGGACUAUGGACUGUAGGGUUUUGGGCAUCUACAGGCUCUGCUGGCAUGGCAUUGAUUUUGUUUCUUUGCGGAACUCCAAGGUAUAGGCAUUUUAAGCCUCAGGGCAAUCCGCUUUCUAGGUUAUGUCACGUACUGGUUGCUGCAACAAGAAAAUGGAAGGUGAAGAUCACGUCAGAUGGAGAUGACCAUUUGUAUGAGGAACAUGGGAAACAAUGCUUUGAAAAUCAGAGUAGGAAAAUACUUCACACCCGAGGAAUCAAGUUCUUGGAUAGGGCAGCAAUCGUCACAGACGAGUUGAACCAAAUAGACAGAUGUUCUCCAAAUCCAUGGCGCCUUUGUACAGUGACACAAGUAGAAGAAGUUAAAUGCGUAUUGAGAUUACUUCCAAUUUGGCUAUGUACAAUACUAUACUCAGUUGUUUUCACACAAAUGGCCUCCCUCUUUGUAGAACAAGGUGCUGUAAUGAAAACCACCAUCUCCAAGUUCCACAUUCCCCCAGCGAGCAUGUCAACUUUCGACAUCCUCAGCGUGGCAACUUUUAUCUUCAUUUACCGGCGAGUUCUCGACCCACUCGUUGCCAGCGUACGGAAAAAAGGACUCACCGAGCUUCAAAGAAUGGGGAUUGGUCUUGUCAUUGCCAUCAUGGCUAUGAUCUCAGCAGGAGUUGUGGAGUGUUUUAGGUUAAAAUAUGCAAGAACAAAUUGCGCCGCUACCGAUUGUGAGAGUUCAAGUUCGUUGAGCAUAUUUUGGCAAGUUCCUCAAUAUGUGCUCGUCGGAGCUUCCGAAGUGUUCAUGUACGUGGGUCAGCUUGAAUUCUUCAACAGUCAAGCACCUGAUGGGUUAAAGAGCUUUGGUAGUGCACUUUGCAUGACUUCAAUAUCACUUGGAAACUAUGUGAGUAGUUUACUGGUUACGAUAGUGAUGAAGUUUUCUAGUAGGGAUGAUAUGAGUGGAUGGAUCCCUGGAAACCUUAACAAAGGUCAUCUGGAAAGGUUUUACUUUCUCUUAGCAGCUUUGACUACUGCUGAUCUCCUGGUCUAUAUAGUUUGUGCCAAGUGGUACAAAUAUAUCAAGUUUGAAGCAAAGGGAGGAGAUGACCAAAAUGAAAAUAUUAGGCAAGCUGAACUUGGAGUCUGAUCAUUUUCGGAAAUAUCAGUGUGUGGGCUAAUAAACUAAUAAAGUAAAGAUGAAUGGGAUAAGUCGUAUAACUUAUUUCGGUAAAAUCUAUCUUUAAUUAUUAUAUAGAACUGUUAAUGCAAUAUAAACUCGUGAGUGGAACUCAGAACUUCCCACUUUCAAAUGGGAUCGAGACGAACGCAUUUAGACCAUAUGAUAUUGGGCCACUUAUUUCGGUAAGACAAACAUUGCUUGCGGUGAAACUAGCUAGAGAGAUGCUUUUCCAUUUCUUCGAGCUGAGCAAAAUGUGUUGUAAAAAUUAUAUCAUCUGCAUAAGAAAUAAAUUACAUUUUUUUAUUUCUACCA